GAGAGUAGACACACUCAUCUUUUUCCCUCGUAUGGCCGAACUAGCGAGUGUGGGAUCAAGAGCUAGGACAACGUGAACGCGUGCAGUAGGAGGAUAUAUGAAAUAACGCCGAGCAGGGAGGGGACAGCGGGGAAACGUGAGGAAAGGUCCCUUGAUAGAGUCCCGACAUAGGCGGCCCUGUGUAUAAGGCUGCUGGGUGCCAUUUUUGGCCCUUCGAGCACCGCGCCGACUUUGAACUGAGAUGUCCCCAGCCGGCCACACCACCACCACCACAGCACCACCGCCGGAGAACACAGCCGGCGGUGGUGAGCGGAAAAUCUUCUUCAACUACUCAUACCUCAGAACAUAUGAAGGAAUACUCAAGCUGGCCCAACUAGUCAUCGCAGUGCUGGUGUUCGUCUCUGUCAUGGUCUCGGAACACCCUCGCGGCGGCACCUCGGACUGGAUCUCCUUCACGUCCAUGGGCAGCUUCUGGUUCAGUGGCAUGUUGUUCGUGAUGUACCUCGUCAAUGCUGUGGUCGUCCUCACUGACGUGCCCUGUGGAAUGCUGGAGCUGGUGUACACAUGUCUCUGGACGGCCUUCUGGUUUGUGUCGGGCUGUUUGGCGGCGGACUUCGCGAGUAAAGGCGCGGGUGUCGCCUUCAUUGUCGCCGCCUCCCUCAGCUGCCUGGCCACCAUCGUCUUCGGCCUCACCGCCUUCCUGCUGUACAAGAAGAGGAGGGCGGGAGCGCUGUCCUCUGCCCAGCCGCUCCGCACACACACCGACACCUCAGAUAUGAAUUUCUCUUAACCCCUUGGAUGCAGACUUCCUACCAGAAUACAUCACCAAGCUACAGGAGUGGAGCAAUAAGUGGCUGCUACAAUUCAGUGAAGAAAAAUGUAAAAUCCUGCACCUUGGGAGGGGAAAUCCAGCACCCCAAUACCGC